GGGGGCGGGGGAGCCCUGAGGCGGAUGAGGGCGAGGCUGGUGGUGCGCGGUUCUGGCGGUCCCUGAGUUGUGUCUCCCGGGCGGAGUGAGAGGCUCAGGAUGUCGAGGAACUUCUCUGACACAGGCAGCAGAAAAGAACAUGUUAAAAUCACAAGUGAGCCCAAACCAGGGUUCCUGGAGCGGCUCAGUGAGACUUCUGCAGGCAUGUUGAUUGGACUUGUGACAUUUCUUCUGGCUUUCUACCUUCUUUUUACCAACGAAGGACGAGCUUUAAGGACAGCCAAGUCUCUCGAUGAGGGGCUUUCUCUUGUGGUCCCUCUUGACAGCAUCCACAGUAUCUCCCAGCAGAAUGAGGGGAGACUGGUGCACUUAGCUGGAGCUCUGAGUACAUCUAAGCCUUUGUUUGACCCCAGCUAUGGGCUCUCCAUCCAAGCUGUCAAACUUAAGCGUAAAGUGGAAAUGUACCAGUGGGUUGAAUAUGAAGAUUCCAAGGAAUAUGAGGAGAAUGGUGAGAUUAAGAAAGAGACAAAGUAUUCAUACGAUACAGAGUGGAAAUCAGAAGUUGUGAACAGCAGAAACUUUGAUCGAGAAAUUGGACACAAAAACCCCAGUGCCAUGGCUGUGGAGUCUUUCACUGCUGUUUCUUCUAACGUCCAGGUUGGCAGCUUUGUUCUUUCCAAGGGUCUCGUGGAUAAAAUUGAUGAUUUCAAGCAGCUGAGCUUGUCACACCUGGAGGAUCCCCAUGCUGAUGUUACCCGAGGAGGAGAUUAUUUCUAUCACAGCGACAACCCCAGGCGUCCAGAAGUGGGAGACCUCCGUGUCUCUUUCUUCUAUGCAGGUCUGAGUGGAGAUGAUCCCCGUUUGGGCUCUGCUGACAAGGUGACUGUGAUUGCUCGGCAGCGAGGUGAUCAGCUGAUUCCUUAUCACACCAAGUCUGGAGAUGUUCUGGAAAUUCUGUACCCUGGGGACCUCUCUGUGGAGGAGGUGUUUCAGAAGGAGCAUGAGAGUAACACCAUGAAGACCUGGGCCCUCCGUGCAGCUGGCUGGUUCUCAAUGUUUGUGGGCAUCAGCCUGAUGACCCGAAUCUUUUACACAUUAGUGGACUGGUUUCCUGUGGUGAGGGACCUGGUUAACGUUGGCUUGAAGGCGUUUGCCGUGUGUGUGGCCAGCUCGCUGUCCCUGCUGACCAUUGCCGCGGGCUGGCUCUUCUACCGCCCACUCUGGGCCCUGCUCCUCGCCCUGCUCUCCAUUGUCCCCAUCGUGCUGGCCAGAACCCGUGUGCCGCCCAAGAAGCAGCAGUGACAAGGAGGUGCUUGGGUCUUGAGCUGAGUCCUGGUUAGAACCUUCCCAAGUGCAUUUCUGCCUGGUUCCUGCAGCAAGCUUACAGCAAAUCACAGCUCAGCAGCGAGCACUGGAAGCUGGGGAUGGGGCUUGAAUGUGGUUAUUGGUACACGUUAUCCAUAGGACCAUAAGAUGAUGUUUGUGGGAAGUCAGUGGCACCAGCUUUGAGGAAAAAAGCAUUUUGAGUGUGUGUAUUGAUGGUAAGUUAGUGAACAAGCAGAUUUGUACCUCUUACUGCUUAGUAAUUCCCCCUGAUUUGAGACCUGGCAAGUCCUUGCUGGGUGGGGCACCUUGUGUGUUUUAGAGAAAGUGCCAGCUGCAUCCCAUGGACCUUGGUUAGAUGUCCUUAGGAAAUGCGUGUGCCUGCCUGUCUGACAAACCCUCCCUCUGCUGCCUUUUCUUGUUUGCACGGUCAGGAACACUGAUGUGUUUGGCUGAUGUGCUUGGCAGUGUAUGUGUUCAAAGGGAAAACAUAACUUAGGUGAAUUCCACACAAUAUUCAUACAAGUAAACCCUCUUAUUUUGGACUGAAGAUUUUGAAAGUCAUUGAGGUAAUGAGUGGCCAGGUUAUCAGUGCUCUGGGGUUGGGUAGAUUUAUCAGGACUCGUUGAUUUCCCCCAGGUUUUAAAAGUAUCUGAGGUUGUUCUUGGUUAAGCAUCCAAAUGAUAGCCUGGACUAUAUCAUUGCAGAAACGUUUCAAAAAUUUCACUUCAGUUUGCACUUAAAGGGAUACUCAGAGGUCAUUCAUCUGUAAAUAAAAAACCUACUGCCUUGAAACAACAUUGACUUUUAUAACUGAAUGUGUAGUCUUUAAAAUAGUUGGAUUUUUUGCUCUGUAUACUGUUCCUUUCUUUAAUUUCACCUAGUAAGGACAAUGAGCAUACUCUGUGAAAUUAAAUAUGGAAACAUUUUUGCCUGAUUCAUUUCCUUAUAUUUUAGUAGCCUAAAUUGUUAGUUUUGUAUCAUGCCUUGUAGUGUUGUGAUGGCUCCUGUUUAUCUAACCAAUUGAGGUUAGAUACCCUCUUAAGUCUCUCCAAGCUGGAGUCUGACUUCCAGAUGGGUCCUCCUGGAGGUUUUUCUAAGUAUACACAGUUCAGUACAAAAAUGUUUUCAAUUGCAAAAUCUAUUUAUGACCAUCAGAGGAGUGUUCUCUGUACCAAAGGAACUUGACUUGAACAAACAUAGAAGCAAACAUUUGCUAGAAAUGGUACUGAAAUAGAAAUCUGAGUUAGAAAUCAUAAAUGUUUUGAGAAUUUGUAAUUACUUUAUUAAUCCUAAUUACUUUCAUUCUUUUGGUACUUGAAUAUUGUCAGUGUGGUCUCACAGCUGUGUCCUGCUGGUGAAAGCAGGAGCAGAGUGAAGGGUGGGUACAGGAGAUGGCCUUGUAUAUGCACUGGUACAUGGCAGUGCUGCUGCACACUCUUCUGCUGCUCAGCAACACCAGCUCAUGCUCCAGCAGUCAGGAAUUGUGCUCCAAAGGGAGAGAACCUGGGCUUGAACUGCUGCUGUUUUGCCCAUUGAACAUUAACCAGCAUUACUUAUUGGAAAUGAAGCAACAAUUUUCUACAGAAGUGCUGAGCUUUUGUAUAUUUAAUAAAAUACAGUUUUCAAAA